CAAGAAAUUAACAUAGACCAAACAAUGAUUUAUCUUGAACAUGCAUAAGCAUAACAUAAUAAACAUCUCUUUACAUCCUUCCCAUAUUGUUAUUACAAAUGAUUUAGCUUUAAAACUCCAAUUUUUCAUUGUUUUGUCUAAUCAUAAUAAUGAAUUCGGACCAAUUUGGUCAAGAAACGAUGUUUUGUCCCUUUCUUCCAGGGGACAUUGUCAUCGAUAUUCUUUUGAGACUUCCAGUGAAAUCUUUGUCACGUUUUAAAUCUGUAUCUAAACCCUUUAGUUCUUUGAUCAAGAACCCUAAUUUUAUCUCCAAACAACAUGCAAAAACUACACAAGAAAAGCCACCUGAUCUCCUAAUUAUGGGUCGCCAUCACAACACUCUUGAAGUCACGGUACGUUUAAUCAAUUCUCUAACAAAACCUCGCCAUGUUAUUCCACCACCUCUACAUUUCGACGUGCCAUUUGGUGUGACUUCCGAAAAGACAAGAAUUGUGGGCUCUGCCAAUGGCUUAGUCUGCUUGAAUUUAAUUAACCAUAAUGGCGUCGCGAUUGUUAUAUGGAAUCCAGCCAUUAAAACAUUCAAGCCAAUUCCAAAAUCCCCAAAUGUCUCAAGCCUAGGUAAACUCACUGUAACAGACUUAGGGUUUGGUUAUCACCCCGGAAACGAUGACUACAUGAUUGUUCGACUUCUGAACGUUGCUAUGUCAAGGAGGAAGUACGAAGUUGAAGUUUACAUGCUGAGCACGAAUUCUUGGAGAAAAAUAGCAAGUGAUGGACGUGUUUUACAAGUGAUACGCCCAUUUUGGAAACCAAUGGCACCCGGAAUGAUUGUAGUAAAAGGUGUGGCCUAUUGGGUAGGAGUUGAAGUUAGAAACGAAGAAAUGUGUAGUGUUGUUGUUUCUUUGGAAAUGACUGGUGAGGAGUUGACUUUUAUCUUGCCACCUAUUGAACAUCAUGGCAUUGUGGUUGACCUAAUUAGGGAAGCAACAACAUUGAGACUUUUCAAUUUAAAUGAAUCUUUGGCUUUGAUUUAUUCUACCAAUCUUGAAAAAGUUGAUAUAUGGCUGAAUAAUGGAUUUGAUAUAUGGGUGUUAAAUGAGGAAUUAAGGACUUGGAGUAGAAUGCUUAAAGUUGAACCUAUUGAAGGGUUUUUAUUAGAAGCUGGAUUUUGGGAGAAUUCUAAGGCAUUAGUUGCACAAGAGAGGAAAGAAAUGUGUUAUGAUGAAAAUGGAGAAUAUGUUUAUACAAAAGGUGAGACAAAGUUAUUUUUAUAUGAUGUUACUACAGGAGAUUUUGAGAUUAUUGAAAAUCAUGAGCUUCGUGCACCAUUUCAAGCUUAUAGUUAUUCGGAGAGCUUAGUACCUGUGAAUGGAGGAGUUGAUGUUGUAAAGGAGGUUGAUUUGUCAAAGUUUUUGGAUUUUGAUCCUUUACUUUUUUGAGUUACCCAAAUUUACCUUUGAUGAGAUUUCGAAUUCAGCUUAGUUUACAUGGUAAAUUAAGCUUUGAUGUAUUUAGUGAUUUUUAUUAGAUUGUUGAAUAAAUAGUUAAGGAAACGUUAUCGCAUUGGUGUUGUAUUAAGAAUUACUAUUGUAUUUCUCGAUAGGGAAAGAGAGAAGGUAGUUCAAUUGUACUUUUCUUUAAAGUCGAAUUUUUUUUGGACAUUUAGGUUAAAUUGUUUUUUGUACAUUAGUUUAUAUGGAGGGUUAGAUCAGUCGACCACAUUUUUGGUCAUGUUUAGGCAUACGUUGACAAGGUUUGGAAUUGCAUUGCCACAUUGGGGGAGAUUCAGAAAUAUAUUUUCUGAGAUGUUUGGUAACAUAA